UGGCUGUUCUAUGUGAGGCAGGGCCAUACUUUACAAAAAGGCUGCAACGCCACAGCUCGAAGAGAGCCUUGGCAACCACAUCAUGGCCUUCCAAGUAGGAUUAAAUAAAUACUUCGUGCAAGAUAGAGCUUGGUUACGAAGAAUCGCCAGAGAUGGGAGGCCAGGGAUGUCACAGCAGCUUAAGUUCCCCUAUCUUAGAAUGUAACCCUCAUCUCAUCCAAUGUUCAGCAUCGCAUUCGAGCUUCAAGCGAAUUCACUGAAACUCAAAAAAGGUCCUCUUCCUGUCACACACCAUAAUCCUAAUAUAUCAUACGUCCAAUUCACUCGAAAAUGUCACGGUCGGGCGAAUCAGCGCAAAUGUUGCGACCAGCAGUUGGCAACAGUCGCAGACAUUAUAGUGUGUUUGGGCUAUCGCGCCUCCAUUUACCUGCAUACCAGAUCUCAAUUCCCCAGAUUUGAUAAGGAUGUGUGGAAUGUCGCUCACAUGGAAGAACUUGGUCCUGCCAAACGGUUUAGAUCGACACUCGGUGUUGGGUUGCUAUCCCCUUUUAUGUCUUCUGAGGAUCAACAAUGGGACCUUGAAGUCUCUGCAGUCGUCGACAGAGUAACUGAAGAUAUAUCAUUAGAUGUGCCACAUCCGCGAACAUUUCAUGUUCAUGUCUUCAUUGAUUCCGACUCUACUAGUACACUACUAGCCCAAGCGCAGAGUGUCUGUCAAAUGUACGCCCUCUAUGAAAUUGAAUCUGUGCGCCAUAACGAGAAUUUGCAAGACCUGUCUACCAGAGAGCUACUAUCAACGAUCGGUAGAACAUCAUCUGUAGAAGAGCUGCCAGUGUCUCAGUUGAUCAAUCCGCCCAUUCAAGACGAUAACCCCAUCGUCCCCGAGGAGUACCUCUACAAGAUUAAUUUAUCAUGCUUGCGCGUCAAGAAACUUACAUUCAAUCAGCAUCCAUCAGUUCUCCGUGGCGAUGCCGUCGUAAAUUGGGGGCGCUUCGUGUCCGAAUUUGUACAUUCAGCGCUCUCCCCUCAAAGUGUUGAUAUCCUGCGUUUCAAGCCAUCUCUGGAUGUACUCUUUGGCCACAUUAUACAUUCGGAUAGCUUGAAGACCAUAUUUGAUCCUCGCCUGGCGUAAUUUUAAAGAUAAUCCAGCAGCAUCGCACACUAGUACACGAAAUGUUGCUUUGUUGAAAUUCCAAGUGUAACUGUCCUCUCAUCAUCGCCCUGAAUUCUGUCAGUGCUCGGAUCCGCAAGG